CAGUCGGCCCCCGAAGGUUGAUAACGAUGGAAUGAACACAUGCCGAGCCCUAACGACUCGAUCAUGCAGGCAUGGUCAACUGGAAUCGUACAACUCUCUUCCACCCAUUGGCCCAUGAUGAGGUUGUCAAGAGCUCUACGUCCAGCGAGGAAGCUCAUUCCGAGCCCUCAACUCGUCCAAGUCGGUCGAGUGCCAACCCUAAUCACUCGCCAGCUCUCCACCGUCUCCCUAACCAACGCAGCCGCAAUAGCUUCCGUGCGAUCGCGAUGCUCAGUACGCACUUCCCACACUCGAACCGGCCUGCACUCGAGAAAUUAUGCCUCUUCGUCGUCCUCGGCGCUUCAAAAGACAGCUCUGUAUGACUUACACGUCGCCCACGGGGCCAAGAUGGUGCCGUUCGGUGGCUUCCACAUGCCGGUGCAGUAUUCUAGACUGUCCGUCUCAGCCUCGCACCACUUCACCCGCUCGCACGCGUCGUUGUUCGACGUAGGCCACAUGGUGCAACACCACUUCACGGGCCCUGGUGCCACCGCCUUCCUGCAGCGCAUCACUCCCGGGUCGCUGCAAGCCCUCCCAUUGCAUCAGAGCACCCUGAGCACGUUGCUCUGGCCAGGGACAGGAGGAAUUGUGGAUGAUACGAUCAUCACGAAGCUCAAAGACGACAAGUUCUAUGUAGUCACAAAUGCGGCUUGCCGGGACAAGGAUCUUGCAUACUUGGACGAGCAGCUGGCACAGUGGAAGGCCGAGGGCGGUGAGACGGUCAAGCACGAGGUUUUGGAUGGCUGGGGGCUCGUUGCGUUGCAGGGACCUCUGUCGGAGGAGAUUCUGGGUGAGAUCCUGGUUGCGCCGGGCAAAUCUAACUUGAAGGAGCUGUAUUUUGGCCAGUGCCUUGUUGCGAUGCUGAAGAUACGCGGCUCUGACUUGUCGAAGCCGGUUCUGGUUAGCCGGGGGGGUUACACCGGUGAGGACGGAUUCGAGAUCAGCAUUGAGCCUGAGGAGACGGUUGCUGUUACCGAGGCUCUGCUGAAGGCCGGCGGAGAAGAGAAGCUGCGGUUUGCUGGCUUGGGCGCCAGGGAUAGCUUGAGGUUGGAGGCGGGCAUGUGCUUGUAUGGUCAUGACCUGAACGAUACAACAACCCCCGUUGACGCUGCAUUGAGCUGGAUCGUUGGGAAAGACAGGCGGGAUCCCAAGGCGGACGGUGCGUUCCACGGCGCUGAUGUCAUCCUGGGCCAGAUCAUACCUAAGAGCAAAGGCGGGAAGGGCGUUGAGAGGAGACGUGUCGGGCUUGUAAUCGAGGGAGCCCCGGCGCGUGAGGGCGUUGAGAUAUUAGACAAGGAGGGCCAGAAGAUUGGCGUCGUGACAAGCGGCUGUCCCAGCCCGACGCUGGGGAAGAACAUCGCCAUGGGCUACAUCAAGGAUGGGCUGCACAAGUCGGGCACCGAAGUUGAGGUGGUUGUGAGAGGGAGGAAGCGGAAGGCUACGGUGACGAAGAUGCCAUUUGUGCCGACCAAGUACCACAAGGGCACUGUUCCGGCAUAAAUAUGAUCUGGGCAGUCGAGGGAAGUAGAGUAUGUAUACUUCAGAUGAUUGCAUGAGCGGCCGCUUUCAACUUGCAGCGUCGGCGAUGCCGAUGAAUUCAACACGAUCUAUAUAGCAGGCUUUCUCGGUAUUGGCUUCGCAGAUUUGAAGUUCCCAGUUGCAGGACGAAACACUAUGAGUGUGCCUACUGGGUGGGUGAAGUAUCGGCAAUCAUGGAUAAGUACUGAGGUCUGUACAAUGCUCGCUUAGUUCGCGAGUUUUCUGUCGGUACUCCAGGUAUUCAUUUAUCUUUCUGUUUGGCUAUCUG